ACGGCUUUCGUUACUGCGUUGUUUUCGGCUUUCUGGAAAAGUUUCGCUUCGGCGUGCUUGAUCUUGUGAAUGUACCUGUUUUUACUGUUUUAAAAGUGAAAUUAAAUGUAUUUGCGAGUGCCGCUCUGCUGAAAAAAUCGACAAUUUCGUGUAAAAAUUCGUACAAGGUGGCAACCAUGAUGAUGGAGAAUCUGGACCAUGUGUAUUGCAAUACAGCGUCAACCGAUGUCGGCAGUAAGGAUACUUCAGAACAGAUGAGCCUAUUCAAAGAGGUUAAACAACUGCAAUCGAUACUGCUGCUGCAUCUGGAUCUGAUCCAGGAGCAAAGCGAUCAGAUAUUAGCCAAAGAUAAACUGAUAAUCAAACUGAAGGAUGAAAAUGAAAUGCUCAAGCAUCAGCUGGAAUUAGUCAACAAACGAAUGCAGCAUAUGAAGCAACAGAAGGAGCAACGAGAAAUAAGCAUUCCAGUAAGAAACGUCACUAUUGACAAAGUGUUUGACUAUAAUAGCCGGGUUAUUCCCAAUAUAAUUGAAGAAUCCGCUCAAAGUGAACAUACUUCGGAACUGACGAAUACAGUGAGAAUCAUAAAGAAAGAAGAAGUGUCAAGUGAUUAUGAUGGUUUUGAUACAAUUUGUCAAGAUUUUGCCGGUGAGCUUGAAUCUGAUAUUAAAAUCGAAAACAAUGAGAUUGAGGAGGAAAUAUUUCUCAACUACUCAAAAUCAGAUGAUGAGUCUGGUCCAUCUAAUGACAUUCCGACAGCGGAAGGUCGGCCGGCGAGUAGUGUGCGUCCUCCAAGUAGCAGUACAUCCAUCCAUUAUGACGUCAGCAUUUCGCAAUCGUUUGAAAACAUUACCGACAGUGCGGGAUUAAACAGCAACAACAACAACGACAACAAUGUAAACAACCAACUGCAAGCUGCCGGACAGCACUUGGCGAAAGACGCAACAACUAGUGGUGAUGAAAAAAUCAGCAACUAUAACCCGAUUUGCUCUUCGGGAAACUCCUCUGAUGGAAGUUUGACGAAAAAAUCGUACAGCACAUCGUUUAUGAUAACACAGAAACCAUAUAUUACAUGCAAUUGGAAAGAUGAAGCCAUCACCGAUGAGUUGGAACGGCUACUGGAAAAUGAAGCAGCUGAGCUCGAAAUCCCCUGCUGGACCAUUAUAAAUGACAAUUGUGAUAACGCUUCUAGUUCUAGUGAGUUGACAUCGGAAAAUAUUAGUGAUGAGGCGUACAUGAAGCGCCACGCAAAGUUUGAACUAGACGAGAGACGACGUAAAAAGUGGGACGUGCAACGGAUUCGAGAGCAAAAAACUAUCGAACGAUUGAAGAAGCGACACUUGAAAUCCGAUGCGGACAACGAACAGAAAAAUAUUGGUUCAUUCUACCCGUCGAUCGAUACGAUCAAGUAUGUUCACAUCAUCGACGAGAUCCCCGUACAAGCAUUUGGAGAGUUGAUCCCGAUCCUACCGGCCUCAAGUUUCAGUCUGCCGUGGAUGCUGGGUGGCAUUGAUACGACGGAAAAUGUUACACCGUCGGAAUUCGGUCCGGGGCCAUUGUUUAGUGCAGCGACAGGUGUUCCUGCACCAGCAGCAAGUUUUACAACAACAUCAUCAACAACAACAACAACAACAGUGAGUAGUGGCUCGGAUGGUUCCAAUGAGAUUAAAACGAAAUUCCUGCAUCGUCUGGCACCGAAUCUGACAGCACAAAAGCAGCGGUUCACCAAACGAAUCAAGAAGGAAACAUAGGAUAGGAAAUUUCGGGGAGGUCAAGUGCUUUAUCAAGGAUCUACUUGAAGUGACUGUGAAUUAUUGUAUGACAAAUGAGAAUCCAAUAGGAAUGUGUGUUUUCUGAUAAGAUUAGAGAUAGUUGCAGAGAAUGUAAAGCGAUGCAAUAAAAUGUAUAAAAGUA